AUGAUAUCUUUAUCUAUGUCAUUAAAACCACCUUGUACUGUAUGUGGUAAUAAAAGCGCAGGUAUUUUUCGAUGUGAAAGAUGCUUACAUGUAUUUUGUCGAAAACAUCUUAAUGAACAUCGAGAUGUUCUUAGUCAUCAAUUGAAUGAAAUUGCUCAGGAACAUGAUAUUUUACAACAAAUUAUUGUUGAAAAUGAAGACAAACAAGCAAAUGAUCUUCCUAUUCUGAAACAAAUUGAUGAAUGA